AUGACUCAUUUCGUUGGAGUUGACUUUAAUUCAUUAUAUCCUUCAUCAUUUUCAUCUAAUCCUCAUGAUUUCAUUCAAUAUACUGACCAUAAAAUGUAUAUGCCGGGAAGAUUGAAUGGUGUUAUCAUUUGUGAUACAGCAACAAAGAAAGCAAAAGCACUGGGAAUAAUUAAGAAGAAAAAUACUUUAUUCGUGGCUGAAGUAAAGGGUCACAUUGAUGAAAAAUACAUUAAUGAUUACAUAAACUUUUUACCGAUAAUAAGAAACUUAGAUAUUAUCACAGAUGAAAAAACAAUUGGCGGUUUUAUGUAUAAUUACAUGAAAUCAAACAAUCUACCAGUUGACCAGAAACAGAGGAAAUUAACUCAGUUAGCAUCAACACACAACCAAUAUCAACCAUUUUCUUCUUAUUAUCUUUGGUAUCUAAUAGAUAGAUUUCAUUUUAUCAUCGAUGAUAUUCAAUCAAUUUUAACAUUUACGAAAAACACUUGUUUUAAUGAAUUUGCGAACAAAUUUAUGAACGAAAGACAAAAGGCUGAAUUAGAAGGAAAUAAAGGAAAAGGUUUAUUUUGCAAAAUUUCACUUAAUGGAUCAUAUGGUUACGAUGCAAUGAAUACACAAAAUUACGCAAAGACUAAAAUAAUGAAAGCACAGAAGGCACGCGUUGCAUGUAUGUCAAAUAAGUUGAAAAAUAUAAGAGAAAUAGGUGAAGAUACAUAUCAAGUGAUGCUCAAAGAUAGAUUUUAUAGAUGUGAUACAUGUUUACAAGAGGCAUUUUUUACUUUAGAUAACGCAAAAUACUGGUAUUUAGUUUUCAUUUAUGAUUUUAUGUAUAAAUGCAUGAAUGUUAAUCGUUUUCAUUUCAUUGAAGGUGAUACUGAUUCAUCUUAUUGGGCAAUCGCUGGCGACCCAAAUCUUCCUAACACUCAAGCAUUUCAAGCAAUUGUUACCGAUAAACAAUUUUAUGAUAAAAACAUUUUCAAAUUCGCACCUUUUGAUUUCUUCUGUUUUGAUGAGAAAUUUAAACCUAAAUUAAAGAAUAAAGCUGAAGAAAAAGCACAUGAGAAGAAGUUAUUGGGUUUAGCAAUUGAGAAACAAGGUGAUAACAUGGUUGCUUUAUGCCCUAAGUGUUAUACAUCAUUCAACGGUUCAAUUGAUGGAAGUGAUUUUAAAAAGAUUGCACAAAAAAUGAAAGGUGUUAGUUUACGACAAAAUAAACAAUUAACACCUAAAAAUUAUUUGGAUAUAAUAAAUGAUAAAGUGAUAUUUGAUGGUCAGAAUAUUAAUUUACAACUUAAAAACGGGUCAAUGACUCGCUUAACAAUCGGUAAGACUGCAUUAACAGGGGCACACACUAAGGCUGUAUGUUGUGAAAAUGGAUGUUGUAUGCCAUUUAUUUAA